GAGACGACAAGAGCAAGUCGUGCGCUACGUGCAAGAACGAAAUUGAACAGAAAAAUAAUCAGUCAGACAUCACACACCGAGAGUCAGUUAGGCAUGGAUUGAUAGGGCGACGCGUGGAGUUUCUGUUAUCGUUUUUAGCAUUAUGGUCAGCCAUAUAACCAGUUUGGUUAUCGAGACUCAAUUAUACACCCAAUGUUAACCUGAUUUCAUAGAUAAAGCUAGUUCUAACGUUGGAUAAAUAAAAGCGUGUAAGCUCGCUACCUAGCUGGUUCAGCUACGCUCCGUGGCAACGCUAGACGUCAGUGCGUUAGAAAAAUAUCGUUUAAUAAUUUAGCGAGCAUCCAGUGCCAGUGACAGCGGAAACGUUGCGAUCAACAUAUUUUCUGCAUGUAUGUGAGCGUUCCACCAAACUACAUUUUCACAAUGCCGAAUAUUGGGUUCCAGAACCUUCCCCUCAACAUCUACAUUGUGGUUUUUGGAACAGCGAUAUUCGUCUUCAUCCUCAGCCUCCUCUUCUGCUGCUACCUAAUCAGGCUGCGGCACCAGGCACACAGGGACCUAUACGCCUACAAGCAGGUUAUACAGAAAGAAAAAGUAAAAGAACUAAAUUUACAUGAGAUAUGUGCCGUGUGCUUGGAGGAGUUCAAGCAGAAGGACGAGUUGGGAAUCUGCCCCUGCAAACAUGGCUUCCACAGGAAGUGCCUCAUUAAGUGGCUGGAGGUGCGAAAGGUGUGCCCUCUGUGCAACACGCCGGUCCUGCAGCUGGCACAGCAGCAGGGCUCCUCGGAGCCCCAGAGCCCAGUGGAGCAGCCCCUGCCUGGCAUGGACCUCCCGGUGUAGCCCCCCCCUGCUGGAGCCACCGGUUCUCACGCCCCUACACUCACCUGUACAGGAGCACCUGAAUGUGUCUACGGACGGGCACAACACUUGAAUCUCCAUGUCCUUUUUUUCCCAUCUGCCUUUGUGCCCUCACUUAUUAUUUUUAUUUUUAUUAUUAGAACUGUUACUGAUUCUCUUUUGCAGAUGAUGAAGAAUAAUUUUCUUAGUCUCUUGUUUUUGCGACUGGCCAAGCCAUGGUCACAUGAUUGUGAUUGUUUCAUAACCAAAGUACUCGGCAUAAGGAGUGAAAAAAGAAAUGUCAAAUGUUUGAAAUGGCUGAAUCAGUGUGCACUUUAUAAUAACUAAAUCCUACUGGAGUGUGAAGAUAAUGCAAAGGUCAUAUUUUAUGUUUUGUUGUAUGAAUAUUAUUUUUGGUGAAUGGCUCCAGCGUGACUGUGACACUUACAGUAAGAACCUAAUAGAGAACUUUUAAAAAGGUCACGAUAACACUUUUCUUUAUUUCGAGGUGCACAUAUGCUGAUGAUGACAGAUGCUUUGGUGCUAAAUUAAGGGGGUUACACAGUCGAUGGUAAUGAAUGAUUGGGGCCUGAUUCCAAAAACUGGACUAGAAAAACCAUAUUGUGUAGUAUUGUUACUACCACAUGUCAAUAGAUUUAUGUUAAUACUGUUACAAUUAUUUAAUAGAAUUAAAUUAAGGGAACAACGGUUUUGUUUUUGACUUACUACAUUGAACUAAGGCCAAAAUCUUCACUAGGUUUGAUUUAUAUAUCAGACAAUGUAAGGUUCCCUUACAUUUAGACACUAUGCAAAAGAGCUGUACAUUUAACAUAUGUUUUAACAUAUCUUAUGAACAACUAGUGUCUUCCUUCUGUUUUAACCUUCAAAAUAUAUGUAUGUAUAUACGUAUGUAUUGGUUGGCCACACAGCAAUGUGCAUCUGCAGAUGACAGUAUCUGAAAAACAGACACUAGUUUAAUAUUGGAUGCAGGCCUCAGGUAGUAGUCCACAUUCUCGUAUCAAUAAGGUAGCUCCUGCUCCCAAAGCCAGUACAUCGGUGAAGUGAACAUUGGGCAAUGUGCUUUGUUUGACCCGGUCUCUUUGAUAACAGCCCCUACGUUGUUGGCAUCACUUAAAGAAAGCAUCUAUAAAACUAUAAUAAAACGCUAAAAGGGCUCUCAUACAGCUGAUACGAUCAGAGGCAUCACAUGUAAUAUCAGAUGCCCAUGUUUUGUACAGGUGAGGAGAAUAUUGCUCUUUUGAAUAUGAGCACGGUGAAGAAGUACAGGUCUAAUCAUUUUUGAACAUGUUCUGAUCAAUAAUGGUUCUGAUAUCUGUAACUUAUAUUGUGCAGUGUUGUGCAUUUCCUUUUGGCUUGCAAAGUGAACCGGCUCUUACCAAUGGAUGACUUCUUUUCAGCAGUAAAAUUAGCUGCUGAAUAGCACUUACAUUCUAUAUAUUAACCCUUCAACAGCAAGCAUUGAGGACAGAAUGAAUACAUUUGAUUUUGUUUUCAAACUUAUCUACCAAAAUUGCUCCUUACUGAAGCAAUGGCUGACCACAGAAUGAAAAUAUUAAUAAUUGGGAUAGGUCUGAAUGUUGUGUCAGGUGUCACAGUGAUAGUCUUCAUUACCAUUAUAGUUACUGUUAUUGUACUGUACUAUGUAGUGAGUACAGAGCACGGGACAGAAGUAUAAAUUUCCUCUUGUAAAUGUAACUUCUCAACAAAGCCUACACAGUUUGUCUGUCUCUGCACCUCUGAGUAUUGUCAUUCUGUUUCAAACAUGCUGCUGCUUUAAAAGAAGGGAAAGUACGUACAGGAUUUUGUUUCAUAUUGCGUGGCUUCUUGCCGAACAGUGAAAGAUAGCGGAGAUAGUAGACAAUGGGAGCAUUUGACAUUUGCUUGAUAUGAUUAUGAAAGGUCUGUGAGCUAAUAAAAUUUACAAUGAGCUUUUAACUGAAAUUCCAUUGUUUCUUGAAAAGCAAAAACAAUAUAUAUGUGGUUAUAUGGUUAAUGCUGAAAUGAUACAAAACAUUGGCAUUGACAUUGGCAUUUUGAUAAAAACAUUUGUGGUUUACAAAGUUAGGGGCAGCUUGCCCCCUCAAUGCACCCCCCCCAGUGAAGUUACGCACCACAGGACAGUUAUGUUGUCUCACGGUCUAGCGGCCUUGUUUCGGUGCUAAAAGGCUGGUCUUCAGCCUUAACAUGUUCAAGUUCACUGCCUCCGCGAUCAAUACAUGGCAUAUUGUGUUCAGUGAGUGUCUCUUUAGUGCCCAUUUCUGUUAUUAACACUCACACUGUACUGUUUCCUUUUGGGCAGAAAGUCAUGGGCACCGUCCCCACCUUACUCUGUGUCGAAGCUCUCUCCCUCCCUUAACCCCGCCUAUCACUGACUACCCUGUGUCCAAGCCCCUCCUCUCCCUUCCUCAACCCCGCCUAUCACUGACUACUCUGUAUCCAAGCCCCUCCUCUCCCUCCCUCAACCCCGCCUAUCACUGACUACCCUUUGUCCAACCCCCAGCUCUCCCUCCCUCAACCCCGCCUAUCACUGCCUACCCUGUGUCCAAGCUCCUCCUCUCGCUCCCUUAACCCCGCCCAUCUCUGACUACCCCAGGUCACAUUUUUGUAAACUUGUAAGAUUGUAAGAUUUCUGUAGCAGAAUAUUUUUGGAGACUUACGCUUUAAUUCUAAGCUCUAUUUUUGUACACUGAAUUGCCAUUUGAUUUUGAUGGGGUCUGUUUUGUUGGUGUUUUCAUGCUUUGUUCAUUUUGAAUGAAAAGUGAUGCAUGUUAAUAACUUGAAAUGUAAAUAAAACUGCCAAAUUUUGGAAAUGCAAA